GCUCCCGGACACUUUCAGCCGCUGGACCAGGAAGCGUGCAUGCGCGACAUUGAAGAGCAGUGAUGUACAGAAGAGCGUUAUUUUCUCUUUCUCAGGGCAGAACAGCGUUAAAUCACGCGCAUGACCCGAGGCUGCGUCCCCCGAAAUGUACGGACAGAGUUUCCGCUUCCGGUUUGAGGGCUCCUUGUCUACUGAACCACAGGGCGUUUGGGACGAGUGGAGUAAGUCUGUGUGAGAAGAAGAAAGAUGGAGAGAAGACUGAGGAGCUGCAGGUGGAGUCCAGGACGAGGGACGAUGUCGAGGAACACAAGUGUGAGGUGAAGGUCAGAGAGUUGGAGAAGAGUGAUGAACCCUCAGUGAAGGCAACGUGUGAAGAAACAGCAGGGGGAAAAGAGACCAGACCCGAGGCUACGAGCGAGAACACGAGACCAGCGGCGGAGCAGAAGGCGGAGGAGAAGACGGGAAAACAGGGUCUCCUGGAGCUGCUCGGGGCCAUGAAGGUGGACACGACCACCAGAACCAAGCUGAAGUCCCUCAGGAAGGUGACGAGUGGACAGGACAGUGCGGUGAAGGUGAAGAGAGCGGCGAUGGAGAGCACGAGCAGCAUGUUCCAGCAAGCUACAACAUCGCAGAGUGAGUCUCUGAGUCCUGAGCUGGCUGCUGCUGUCUCUGCCGCUGCGUCCACGCUUCCUGAUCGCUCUCGAGCCGAAUCUGACCUCCUGAAGCAGCUGCGCAAACACGAAGCCGUGUCCGAGGAGACGAGACGAGCCGAGACGCAGGACAUCGGGAACAUCAUCGCUGACAUGAAAGUGGGGAAGAAGCCAAUUGGCAGAUUGAACAGCCGGCCAGCCAAUCAGAUUCGGUUUGAUGAUGAUGGGCGGGGCUAUACACACGACCGCGGCAUCACGGGAGAGCUGGCUGAAAUCCGCCGGAGGAAUUCAGCUUUUACUGCAAAGAGGCUGAACAUCUUCAGUGCUGCGGAUCAGGACACACAAACCGAUCUGGCUCCAGGCCCCUCCCUCUGGGACGCUGAUUUAGCCAAUCAGAUCGUCCGGGCAGUGAAUCAGAAACCUCGUAACGGGUUCGAGGAAAUGAUCCAGUGGACGAGGGAAGGAAAACUGUGGCAGUAUCCCAUCAGCAACGAGGCAGGAAUGGAGGAGGAAGCGAAGGUGCCGUUCCACGAGCACGUCUUCCUGCAGCGCCACCUGGAGGACGGUUUUCCUCAGCAUGGCCCCGUCAGACACUUCAUGGAACUGGUGGUCACCGGACUGUCCAAGAACCACCAUCUGACCAUCAGCCAGAAGCUGGAGCACAUCGCCUGGUUCCGGGACUACUUCCUGCAGAAACAGGAAAUCCUCAGCGAGGCCGAGGCGUGACCCGUCCAGACGAGGACUACACCGCGUAAACAGGGAAACGUCCACGGCGUCCUGCUUCUCUCACGUCUCACACGCAGCUGAACUGGAGGCUACACACUUCCACUACCUGUUAGCUGCAUUACCCUCGUAGCUUCAGCGCAAAACUACAGAAGGAAAACUUUAGUCUCGGCUGAUUAACACGUGGACAGUUUAUUCUGCACUGGACGUCACUGUGUGUGUGUGUAAUAAUUACAGAACAGAGCGCUAACACACUCGGCUCAUCAUGACGUCAUUAUAAACACGCUUCAUGUGGGAUAAAGGAACGUUUCUGAUUAAUGAUUUCUUACAGACGAGUCCAAACUCCGUGUGUAUAAAGUUAUUCCGGUUAAUUUUAGUGCACUGUGUUUAUGGUGUAAUGCACCUGAAUAAAUAAAAAAAUAAAAGCUGCUUCACCUCCAUCACUAUUAAAGGAUUCGUCUGAUGACACAAAAGU